CGGGGAUAGAGGACGGAAAAUUGGAAGAGUGAUAGUGAAAAAAUGAGAGUAGUAGAGAGGGAAAAUUAGAUCGAAAAAAUAGGGAGUGAGAUAGGAGAGUGAAAAAAUAGUGAUUGCAAGAGGGAGAUUGGGCGAGAGGGAGUGGCCGGGGCCGCCUCCCUGGAAAGCGGCGGCGGCGUGACUGCCACACCGGAGCCCAGGACCUGUGUUUGAAUCUAAUCCCUGAGUGACGGUGCAAACUCUUGAGCGCCCUAAGGCACUGAAGUCCCUUUGCCCAUAUUCGGCAAGUUCUGGGCUACAUUCAGGCUUGGGCUGAUAAGUGCUGACUGAACCGGGGUUCAUGUUGAAUGUUACUGAAGAGCCCAGUGGAUGUUGGUCGACAGUGUCCAACAUUGGACCCUCCUAGCAUCGUAAUUGGUAUUGCUGUGUAAAAUGUGUGCCUAAGCAUCUACAGUGUAAAUCCCUCCCCUCCCCCCACUCCCCCAGCCGAGAAGGCCCAUCCAAAAGAAGUCAUGCUUUCAGCUAUUGUAGGUGGAGGGGUGAGCAGGGGCCAGCAACUACCAACACCUGAAGCGGCCUCGCUUCUGCUGGCCCAGGAGUUAUGCAUCGGACUUCGGAGUAGGAGAGUGACUAGAACGUCCGUCCAAGGUAGACCAUCUCAGCCACAGGCUGUCCCACCAGCCCACAGACUGGGGCCGCGGAGCCGGCAGCUGUCCGUCUCGGAGGCCGCAUCCCUUCUCCUGUCACAGGAGCUUCAGAGCCGAAGAGUGACAAGGAUGUCCAUUCAGAGCAAGCCCUCUGACGCAGCGGCCCUGCCACAAAUCCGAACCCACACGCUCAAAUCCAGCGGACGGACAGUCAGGAAGCUGAACUACCGAAAGGUAGCGAAUUGUGGACUGAUUGCAUCGCCAGAUGUUGGUGCCAUGAAACGGAAUACCAGGCCGAAGAGCAAAGAGUCGGCAGUCGAAGGCAGUGACGAGGGGAGGCUGGAAUCUCGUGUUAAGUGUGAGGAGGAUGCAAGUGUUAAAUUGUCCCGGGAAAUUGGAUUGGUGCAGAGGAAGAGAGCAGGGACUAUAGGGAAGAGCCACUCUGUAGUUCGCCGGAGUAAGGCACGUUCAGUUAUGAAGCCAGGCAGUAACCAGGACAACAGUGAAGCAGAUCCUGAGACUUGGCCAUCAACUGUUACCAACAUCAAGCUGAAGGUGGAGUUGCCUGAAGUCCAUAUCCUGUCUGGAGAGGCCAUAGCAGCCAGUCUGUGCGGUGGAGAUGGCUUGAGCUGUGGUACUGCCCCAUCUGUAGCCGGAUAUGAGAGAGCAGAGCAUCCCACUGUAAUGGAUCCAUGUGAAAGAGGGAUCCCUGCUGCUAUUCUCCAUCAGUGUGAAACAAAGUGCAUCUUUCUCCCGUGUAAAAGUGUGAAACAGUCAGUCAGCGGUGACUGCCUGCUUUCAACAUUGGCCAAUGAAAUGUGUACAGAAAAUGGAACAAGCAGUGAGGUGUCUGAAGAAAACACAGGGGCUAAAGUUCCAAAAUAUGAAGCAAAGCUUCCUGCCACACUCCUGAAGCAUGCUGAAGUAGAGAAGCCAGUAGGAGGUGAGAGUACUGGGAAGGCACUUGGAGAAAACAAAUUGGUUGUGGUACCACUCCAGGCAGCAGCCACCGAGAAGUUUACAGAGCUUGGGUUAGUUCGGGAAGUGCCUUUAGAAGAUGCAGUGGGUGGGGAUGUGCCAGACCUAAUUCCUUCAGCUACCACAGCAACCAGCCACUCGCUCGCAGAGAUUGAGGUGGAAAAUGAAGUGCCUGUAACUAUUAGGAUGCUUGCAAAGAAUGGGCUGGCUGAGGCACCUUCGGAUAAGGCAACUGUUAAGUUGCCUGUGAAAGUUGAAAUGACCACAAAUGUGUUUUCAGAGAAUCACUUGGCCUGUGAAACAUUAGAAGGUGAAGUGGUUAGAGAAUGUGUGACUUGUACGAAUCUCAGAGAGUCCGGUGUGCCAAUAGCACCCAGUGACUUGACCGCAGUGGGUGUGGCAACCAUAGAAGUUACAGCAACAAACGUGGCUGUUGAGGGCAUGUUGCCUGAGAGACUAUCGGAUAAUACAGAAAUCAUGGAUUUGGGAGUAGAAGGGGAGGUGACCACUGCCAUGCCUGUUGAAGAUGCAAUGACCAGUGCAACACUUGCUGAGAAUCAGUUAGCCACUGAGGUACUUGCAAGGGAUGAAACAACUGCAGAAUUUGUGACCUUUGCGUUUCUAGCAGAGCACAUGUUGACUGAUGCACCUACAGACACAGCAGUUCUGCCCAAAGCAGUACCUUUAAGAGUUACGGCAACCACAAGCUCUCUUCCCGAGAGUGAGGUCCCUCCAGCUACAACCAUGGAGAUGUCUGCAGAGUGUGGUCUACCCAAUGAGGAUUCUGUAGAAAGAGCAAUGGCCAGUAUCAUGCUUAAAGUGAAUGAAUUGGUUGAUGUACCUACAGAUAUUACUGCUGUUGCCAUUGAGGAUUCCACGGAGGACGAGCUGACCACGGAGGACGAGCUGACCACGGAGGACGAGCUGACCACGGAGGACGAGCUGACCACGGAGGACGAGCUGACCACGGAGGACGAGCUGACCACCGAAGUGCCUAUUAAAGAUGUGACGUUUGAUAAAACACUAAUGGAAAGUGAGUUGGCUGACAUACCUGCAGAUACUACUGCUGCUGCGAUGGAGAUUUAUACAGCCACUGAGCUGGCCAUGCAAGUCGGUGUGACAGCCAGUAGUCCGCUUGCAGAGAAACAGCUGGCUAGUGAGGCACUCGCAGAAGUUGAAACAGCUGAAAGUGUGACUUGUGAGAUUCUAGUUGAUGGAGAAUUAGUUGAUAUACCCACAGAUGUAGUCGUGAUUGAAUUAACUGCAGAGAAUGAGGAUCAUGAAGCAAAGUCUCUAGAAGUUGCAACAACCAAAGGGACCAUUACAGAGAAUGGAUUAUUUGUGCUGUCUCCGGAUAUGAUUGGUUGUGCAGCUAAAGCAGUGCUUUCCCAUGGUAGGUUUCUGGAGAGUGAGUUGGUUGAGUUUUUCCCAGAGACUUUGACACCCAUAAAGGAUGAGAAGAUCAGAGAGGUUUCUGUCAAGGGUGUGAUGACCAGCAAAAUACUUGAAGAGAAUGGUUCGAUGAAGCCACCUCCAGAUGUAGCGAACUUGGGGAUGGCUGCAGAAGGUGAGGUAACUACAGCAUUGACCAAUGAUGAUGCAGAAGGUGAUAUGAUGGUAGCAAGAAAUACAAUCAGUGAGGAUAUUAAAGCAGAAAGCAAGAUAUCAAAUGAAACUUCUGGUGUCAACACCUUCCGAAAGAAGCAAUUUGAGCCACUGACAUUGAAAGAAGGUAAUGUUUGCACCUAUGUUGAUGGAUACGCAAUGUGCUGCAAGGAUAACAGACAUAAAGAUGUUGACCUCAACUGUGAAUUGGAAUCUGUUUCAGUACCAUUUACACGGACUCUGUGUGUUCAGUGCAGAAAACAGGAGGCAAGCUGUGUGGAAAAGCAAGAUUGUCAAACAGUAAUGGACAGAACAGACAUGCUUGGACAAUUUGGAACGUCACCAGUCUGUGAAGAAGCAGCCAUUUGCUGUGUAAAGCUGAAAGCGCUGCAUAGUGCAAGUAGGAGGAAAGAGUUUAUCGGGUUAAAGCUGAGGAAUUUAAACCACGCAGUGCUUUUAUCAAAUAGUACUCCGCAUAUCCCCAGAUUUGAGAAGUUCUGGGUGAACAGGGCUUUGCAGUGUGUGGAUUACUGCAGCAGAGUGAGUAACUGUGUCAUUGCUGGCAUGGACCACAAGGUCCAACCACUGGAAGAAAUAAAACCAAAGAAUCUGCCUCUUCUAUGGAGUAAUAAUUUAGAACGUAGUAAAUGGUGCAGAAAACCUGUGCUAUUGGAGCACUUGUCAACCAUUGCUAAUGGUCUGAGUGUGUUUUCCAAGUGUGUAGAAGUGCCACAGGAAUUCUUUCGAACAUCUGACCUUAUUAUAGCUAUGGGUAUGUGUAGUAGGUUUCAAUUACUGCAGUUUUGCUUCAAUACUGAACAGACAUCCUAUGUGGACACUUACUGCCACCUAUCACCCCCAAGUAAAGAACAGUCCAUCAGUGCGAAGCCUCCUGCCCAGUUUUACAGCAAGGAUCAGCACUGGUCUUUUCCCAGUAACUGUACACAUUUCAUUACUCCGGAUUUCGCUAUUUCGCCUCAUCUCAACGUGACUUCAUUGCUUUCUUUUUUCACUGACAGUGACGAAGCAGUUAAUCAAUGCUCUGAAAGGACAAGCUUAUCAAUUAUUCCACAACACACGAGUCAAGACUCUUGGACAAUUUCCCAAUGCCAUGCCAGCUUUGGCAAGACCUGUUGGCCAUCUGCUUCGCCAUUCAAGACUGGGAGGUGCCCUUGCACUUGUUCCAAGUUUGGGUUGCAUACAGUUCUAGCACUUUCAUCCCCGGCCUGUUACAGGCUGUGGACAAGGCAGCGCCAUUUUGGCAGAGCCCCUAAUGCCCAUUGGCCAUCCUUCUCUCAAAUUGGAGAGGGUUUGAAAAGACUCAUUCUCCCGGUUCAUUCAGACAAAUCCGUUUGGUCGCUGACCUACACCUUGGGCAGAGUAGUGUCAUGGUGGAAUCAGCACAGUCCAUCACCUUGUGUGUCGAGAUUCAACAUUAGCCCUUUAAACAACUGCAGGAGGAGCAUUCCCAGUUUCCGUCCAUCCAAUCUCAUCGCUGGAAAUGGAACCAAUUUGAGUGAAGCAAAAUCAUUGCUAAUUCUACAGGCCAAUGAGAGGAUUGACCUGCAGCACCUGAACUUUGACUGCAUCAAAGAGCCGUAUCUCGCUUUACCAGACCCGCCUACCUCAUCCCCAGAAUGCACUGUCACUGACAGCACCUUCUCCUCUGCUUCAGCCCUCGUCCCGAGCAUUACAUUUGCAGAAACCCAGCUCCACUCUGAACAAAAAGAGGAAUGUGCACCUCAUGACAAGCCCAUCAGCAAAUUGAAGGGAUCCCUGAGGAAGGUCUCCCAAAUCCGAAUCCGGAAAAGUGUUCCCAAACAAGACACUAAUCUCACCCCCAUGGGGCUCCCCAAACCCAAGAGAUUGAAAAAGAAAGAAUUUAGUUUGGAGGAGAUAUACACUAACCAGAAUUAUAAAUCACCAUCUGCACACAGUAAAUAUCUGGAGACGAUUUUUGAAGAGCCUAUUUUAAAGAAGGGCUCUUUCAUCUGCACCAGUCUCCAAAAACGCAAGCGCUUGUUAGAAUUCCAAGACUACACUCUUCCCCGUAAGAGGCGAGCACACACUGGAGUGAAGGUUCAGAGCCGUACACGGGGCAGGAAAGCGACUAUACGUGAAGGGGAAAUUGAUUCACUGCUCGUUCAAAAGCUGAGUGAACUGGAGGCCUUCCUGGCUGGAGAGGACUAAAGUUACUGCUGAACUAUUGAACAAUUUAACCAGCUGUACUAGACUUGCGCUUGCAACCAGAGUGCCCAGGUCUGUUUACACUACACACCGGAGAUCAGAGGGGUGCACUGUGCGUUUGCCUUGUUUUCUGGUUGCUGGGAAAGAGAAUGAUGUGACGCUGGAAGGUUACUGCAUGCAAAAACAAAAGGGAGUGUGGGUCUUUCAACAGCACCCUGUGCUACUAUCCCUGCUCAACUCUUGCUGUAUGUAAGCAGUAAUGGAAAGAGAAACAUGGUACUUUACUGAAAGGUCAUUUUUUUUGGAGAGAGAUUCGGAACCCAGUGGAUGAGAAAGAUUCCGCCUUGAGCUCCCAAUUGAAUGAAGCUCCUGAUCCCAAUUUCCAAAAAAAAUUUGAUUUACUGCAAACCAAUUUCUGGCUUAAGCUGUCACGCUGGGGAAAGAGUGGCUCAAACAUAAUGCAGAAAGCAUCUUUUAGUGUUUACAAGAUUGCAGAUCCAGCAGUGAAUUUUCAGUGGUUUUUGGGCUGAAUUAACUGCUCUAUGGAGCACUUAACUUAUAAGUGUCUUCUGACAGAUCAGUUUGAUGGGUGGAUGCUGUUUUAUCUAUCUCUAAGCGACUUGAGCCUAAAGUGCUAAAAGUAAAUAUUCCAAAGUAAAUAUUGAAACACAAAUGAUUUUUCUGUCUGUCUGUGUUGCCCAAUAAAUUGAGUGAAUACAGGUACUACUGACCCAUUGGAAAUGAGCAGUAGAGGGAAUAGCAGCUUAAAACUGACAUAUGUGUUCUUUUCCAGUAAAGAUGGCCUAAGCUUCAGUUUUGGCCAUGGAAGGUUUGUGUUGCUAGAGGGGGUACCUGAAUGCGCUUUUUAGUCCAUGUUGAUUGUGUUGUUUUUUUUUUAAGUUUUUACACUGGGGGAGUGCUUAAUUUACAGCAGUCAUGUGAAUUGGAUUUAUGAUUUACUGCAGGUUUAACUAGUUGAUAGGUUUUGGUAACGUUUUUGAUAUUCAGAAGCUGAAUCAUAUUGACAGAAUCUGGCUCCACCGAAACUGGCUUAGAAAGAGACCUCCUUGAAUUAGGUGAUUGGGUAUUGUUUGUAUGUCUGAAUAAUGCAAACUACAGUAUGUGACUCAGCAUGCAGGGUGAAACAGCAGCAGUACUGUAAAAAUACCGCACCUUAUCUCUCAUAGAGCAGAAGCCCAAAUGCUCACUAAUUUGUCUUCAAUAUCUCCUGUGGCUCAGGAGUAGUCUUCUCAUCUGAGUCACAGGACUGUGGGUUCAAGGCCCACUUCAGAAACUUGAGCACAUAAUUCCAUCAGGCAGUUCAGGGUAGUGCUGACUGAGUGCUGCAUUGUUGAAGAUGCUGUUUUACAAAUGAGAUGUUAAACUGAAGCGCCAUCUUCCCUCUCAGGUGGCUAUAAAAAAUUCCACAGUGCUAAUGUGCAGAGAAGCUGGGGAGCUCUCUUAGUGCUCUUGCCAAGAAUUAUUGCUCAACCAGAAGAUCACCUGGCGGCUGCAUUUUCUAAGUUACAACAGUGACGAAACUUCAUUUAUUUGCUGAUGAGCACUUUGGGAUGUAAGGGAACACAGGUAGGGCUGCGACUGUCAGCUCAGCUGCGGCUCUGCAAGUGGUUUUUUGGUGAUUUGAAAGUUAGUGAGGUUGGAUUGAUGUCAAGAGGCUGAUGCAAAAGUCAUUAAUGCAUUGAAUGGACUUCCAGGUAGAAGAGACGAGAAAUAACACCUACAGUUGUUCUCAUAGCUGAUUGCUGUAAUAGAACUGCAUGGUUCGGUUUAAAUGACCUGGAAUUGGGCAAAUUGCCUUUCCUCAGCUGUGUCGAUCUUGUUGGAACUCGAGGUGCACAGUAGUUUGUUUUUGGAGGGGUAUUUGUGGAACUCCAUUUCUAUGGCUAGAUGAAAAUUGGAGGAGCAGUAGUCAGUGUACAGCUAUUCCCAUUAUAGAGGAUUGUGUACAGCUUAAACAACUUGCAUUUGUAUAGCCUCUUGUACAUUCUCAAUGGCCCCAAGUUCUUCAAAGCCAAAUUAAUUAUUUUUUGACAUGCAGUCACCAUUGUAGAAAACACGGCAGCCAGUUUGCACUCAGCAAGAUCCCAGAAACAGCAAAUGAAAGAAAUGACCAGAUUAUCAGUUUCGUUGAUGUUGGUUGAAUGAAUAUUAGCCAAGGCAUCUCUUGCCAUUCUGAUAGGAAAUUAGAUCCUUUCCAUCCACCUGAGGGAGCAGACGAGGUCUUAACUUUUCAUCCAUGAGGCACUGCCACACUCCAGCAGUACUGACCAAUGUUCUCUCUGAGCUGCAUGGGCUUGCAGCUGCGCAGCAAUGUGGGAUGUACAACACAGGGAACACAGACUGCACACAACUAACAUUCCCUUUAAGAUAAGUAAUCACGUGGCAAUCUUAAAGAGACAUGUGCAGCUGGCUUGUUGCACUGCACAAGCAAAGAAACUAGUGGGAAUAUUGGAACUGACUGUGGAGUAUCAGGUUGGGGUUAUGUGCUCAAGCUUCUAGAGUGACCUAGAUUCUGCCCCAGUUAUGCCAGUGCACAUGUACUUUUAGUUUUGAAGUUCUUUUGCUUCCUUUUGUCCCCCUUCGCUCAUCCCAAUUUUCUGAUUAUUACAAAGUCCAAUUCGCAAACGAUGGAGUCUUUCUUUUCCCUCUCUGUAUGGGUGCACUUAUAAAACCCAUCUAGGGGAAGGAGUAAAUAGUAUUCUUGGGGACUGAUGGAAUUCAUGUGGAAGUGGAAGGAAUCUUUGCACGCAGUCUGCCUGUAGUAGUUGGAAAGUAGCAAAGGCACUACAGGGACCCAUGCCAGGAGAUGUUGAUACCUUGUUGUUUAAUUUGUCACUUUAUUUUUCCCCAUCAGCUUGCAUCUGUUGCUUUUUGGGCAGGUGAUUGGUCAUAAGGGAUCUGCUAGACACAAGGAGGUAUGAGGUAUCACUUAAAAAGACAUUCUGUCCUUUUCUUUCAUUCACCCAUGCUACAGCCUGAGCUGGAUAAUGCCUGGAUUAAGGAGAGUGGGAGCAUGUUUAUUUGAUGUUUAAUCAUUUACAAAUAGACACUUGCUCUGGGGGAAAUGUUCUGUUCACAUGUCCCUAUUGAAGCAGAAGUCUCUAUCUUCCACUAGCCGACAUUACUGAAGCCUGGUGUUUCCAAAUGGACGGACGAUGGCAGUUUUACAGCACAUCAACACUUAACUUCCUUUGUAUUAAAAAUUUCCACCUAAAUCAACAGCUCCUGGGAGCAAAGAUGAGCCACAUAUAAAACCUCAAACUUUUAUUAAAUCUGUAGUUACUUGAAUGUUUGUAUUUGUCCUGAUAAAAUGGCACCAACAUUUGGUGAUCUUCAUGUGUGUUGUAUGCACUCUUUACAAAAAAAUUAUAAUAUUUGCCAUUAACUUUUGGAAAAAUACAAUGUGAAUCUGAUCUUUGUUUCAAAUGAGUUUCAAUUAGCUAGCAAACCGUUAAUGUGUAGGGAAUAAGUGUGGAAACAGCAGUUAUGUUUCACCUGUAUUCCUGAAAAAUUAUUGUCUAUUCAGUGCCUCCUGUAUCCCUGGAAGGAUUGUGGUAUUAUCUCUACAGUGCCAGGUUUUGAAAUAAUUUGCUGCCUAAUCACCAGAUUUUUAAAAAUAAAUUAGAACUGAAAUCUCUGGGGAAUCGUACUGCGUAUCAUUCACACUUUGCUGUGUAGUUUAUUGAGAACAACUCUGCAUUCUGACCUUUUUGUGCCCUUCUCAGUUCAGGAGUCUGAAGUGUUGAGUAAUUGCCAGGAGUGUUCCCCAGAGAUGGUCUCUGCACUACCUCAUCCAGGCAAUCAGUUAUAGCCCGCUAUUUAACUGGAAGAGGGGGUGAAUUCUAGCCAAUCCUGCCUGACGCCAGCUCACUUUUAUUUACUAAUACUUUUUAUUCCCAGCCCAGGGAACCUUGGGGUGAAUGUGAAAUCUCCAAUGCAGUCUUAGUGAAAAAUCACCUACUGUGGUACAGGCUGGGACCAAGUCUGUGAUGUUGGAAUUGACACGGUUACCCAUUAAAGUCAUUGGGGAACUCUUCCACUCGCAUGCAUGUGUAUAUCUGCUCCUGAGAGAGGCUGGAUAUUAUAUUCCAUCUCAUUUGGUUGCCUUUUUAAUGCUGUUAUCGGAGGUUCCAACCUUUGGUUUGAUACCAGGAAGAUUGUACCUCAAGGAUAGUGCUGGUUAUUGGGUUGGAUUGGUUUUGUCGAUCAGAAUGUCUUGCACUUGACCAGCUUCUAAUCCCUUAUACCGCUUAAUGUAAAUGUAAUUAACUGGUACCUUUUGAGUACCCAAGUGAAUUGUGUGCCCUUUAUGUAGAUCUUAUAUUAAUCGUGUUCUGUUUGAGAGUUGUCUCUGUAUAUUUUCGAUGAUACUAAUAAAAUUUUUUUUUUUUUUA